CAUAGAGCCUUGUCCCAGUCUCUAGACCUGCCUGUCUGUGUGGUGGAUGACCACCUGACCUCUGAAGCUGUCAAUGAGAUGGAGCAGAGCAAUUCUACCAGGAGCAGAGCAACCUCAGUGAUGGAAACCACAGAAGAGGGGAAGCUCAACAAUGUAGAACAUCUGACACUUAUGGACUUCCUUCAAAACCUAACUGAGAAGCAAUGGAGGGGGAUUCAAGAGGGCAUGUUUGACCCGCUGACAAAACAACAGCUUGCCGGCUUGUGUCUGAGGAUUGUCCAGUUUUUAUCGGACAAGCUGAUGCAGAUCAUCAUCCCAGGUCUUUACGAACUACUGGGCAUCCAAGAUGCUGCCUCCUCUCCAUUGUCACAGAGAUCUCUCACAGCGUCACUCACCAGUCUGUUAGACGAUAAGACUAACACCAAGUCCCGCGUGAGAUUUACUGAGGCUGGUGUAUCUAAGAGGCCAGGCAGUCGAAAGUCUUACAAUAGCUUUCGCAUCCCGACUCCCUACCCUUCCUCCAACUGUAUGGAGCAGGAAGAGGAAGAAGAGCAGGAAUCACAACUUAAGUUCAAGGAGAUUUACCUGACUAAGGGCAGUGGAAGCUACCUGCCCAAUGGGGCCAUGAGGUAUGUUCUUAAAGGGAAAUUUAACAACUUCAUAUUCAUCUCCAGCAUCACCAUAUUCAAUGAGGUUUCCGUAUCUGCUCCACACAGAGUGGACAAGCAAAAACUGAGCAUCGAGCUCACAGAAGAAGAAAAAAAUUAA